CUGUUUUGUCACGUUUUACACAAGAAAAGCUGCCUUGGAGGCUCAGAAUGCACUGCACAACAUAAAGACCUUAACCGGGAUGCACCAUCCUAUUCAGAUGAAGCCUGCAGACAGCGAGAAAUCAAAUGCUGUGGAGGACAGGAAGUUGUUCAUCGGCAUGGUGUCGAAAAAGUGCAAUGAGAACGACGUGAGGGUCAUGUUCUCCGCCUUCGGACAGAUCGAGGAGUGCCGGAUCCUGCGCGGACCCGACGGGCUCAGCAGAGGCUGUGCGUUUGUCACGUUUUCAACCAGAGCCAUGGCACAGAAUGCAAUCAAAGCCAUGCAUCAGUCCCAAACCAUGGAGGGUUGCUCCUCUCCGAUCGUGGUCAAGUUCGCCGACACCCAGAAGGACAAGGAGCAGCGUCGGCUCCAGCAGCAGCUGGCCCAGCAGAUGCAGCAGCUAAACUCCGCCUCCGCCUGGGGUAGCCUCACCGGAUUGGGCGGCCUCACCCCGCAGUAUCUGGCAGUAAGGGGACACGCCCACCACUCGGCCACGCCCACCCAGCCCAGCGCAGCCAACGCAGCGGCAGCCGCACUCCUCCAGCAGGCCACAUCCUCCAGCAGCUUGGGAGCAUUUAGUGGGAUCCAGCAGAUGGCAGGUAUGAACGCUCUGCAGUUGCAGAACCUAGCCACGUUAGCUGCCGCGGCCGCCGCCGCGCAAAGCACGGCCAGCCCGUCCUCCACCCUGGCCUCCUCUGGGGGCUCUCUGGGAGCGCUGGCCAGCCCAGCAGCUGGUACCACGGCUACGUCCAGUGCAGGGGCCAUGGGCUCCCUGGGCUCCCUGGGCACCCUGCAGGGCCUGGCGGGAGCCACCGUGGGCCUCAACAACAUCAACGCACUAGCAGGUAGUGUCAACAUUGCUCAAAUGCUCUCAGGUAUGGCGGCGCUCAAUGGCGGACUUGGCGCAGGACUGACCAACGGCUCAGCCGGACCCAUGGACGCGCUCACGCAGGCUUACUCAGGGAUCCAGCAGUACGCCGCUGCCGCCCUGCCGACCCUCUAUAGCCAGUCUCUGCUGCAGCAACAGAGUGCAGCCGGCAGCCAGAAAGAGGGUGUGUAUUCGGGAUUUCGCUAUAUACCCUGGCUGCAGCAACAGAACACCGACGACAGCCAGAAAGAAGGUCCUGAAGGCGCCAACCUGUUCAUCUAUCACCUUCCCCAGGAGUUUGGGGACCAGGACAUCCUGCAGAUGUUCAUGCCUUUCGGGAAUGUAGUCUCCGCCAAAGUCUUCAUCGACAAACAAACCAAUCUGAGCAAGUGCUUCGGCUUCGUGAGCUAUGACAACCCAGUGUCGGCCCAGGCAGCCAUCCAGGCGAUGAACGGCUUCCAGAUCGGCAUGAAGCGCCUCAAAGUGCAGCUCAAGCGCUCCAAGAACGACAGCAAACCGUAUUGAUGGCUAGCGCUAGGGCUAAAGCUGUCUGUUAGCACUGCUAGGACUCAUCAACUCCAUGCCCGUUAGCACUUCUGCGUUAGCAUGUCUUCGUGGCCCUCCUCCGUCAUUGUUUCUGAUGUCUUUCUGAGUUCCACCUGAUCAUAACCUGGUCUUCUUCUGCUGACCUUUCAACUUUGAACCUUAGCUUGACCUCUUUGGGAAAAAAAGAACAAAAAUAUAUUAUAUAUACACAAACACACCAGUUUUUUGCAUGUGACCUCAUUUAGGCUUCUUGUCGUUUUUUUCCCUUUCUUUUGUGUCAUUUUUUAAAGUAUGAAUUGGAGGGAAGGGGGAGGGAGGGGGAAAGUGGAUGGGGGGGAUAAAUUAAUUCAUCAAUGUGAAAAACAAAUGCCUAGCUGCAUUCACACGAAAGACUGAAAACUGCUUCUACGACGAGUACAUUAUACCACAUACAAAAGUUAUUACAAGUGACGAAAAGCAAAUCCUGUGGCAACAUAAUUUCAGAUUGUUUUCUUUCUUUCCGUUCUAUUUGUGUGAUUUACAUUUUUUUUUUAAAUCAUCUUUAGUUUCAUUAUUUUCCUGUUAGCAGUUUUAUUUUUCUUAUUUUCAUUUUAUAUUUUUAUUUUUUAUGCUUAAAGUAAACUUGAACGUUUUAAUACAGAGGUUUGGCAGGGGUCUCCACCCCCCAGUCUCACCCCUGCAAAACCAUACGAGACUGGGUUGCCUAUGCCCAUUCCUAUGGAAACUAGACUACUUCCAAGCAUUUUCAUUUUCUUUUUUCUUUUUUUAAGCUGAAAGGGUUUGGGGUUACUGUCUAACAGAUGUGUUUUCUCUCGAGUCUCCGUCUCUCUCCAGGAGUCUCGUUCAUGGUUUCCUACAUUUUUCAGGCAGUGUAAAGUUUUUUGAUAAGUAAGGAGGCCAUUUUACAUGGCUUGGUUUUCUCAUUUUAAACAAGUGGGGGAAAAAACAAAAGUUAUAUAUAGAACCACUUUUUUCUAGAGUAGAGGAGUAAAAAAAGGUUAUUAAAAUGAAAAAAAAAAAACAUGUUAAAAAAGACUCACCCUGUUUCGGGUAGGGGUGUAUGCUACCUACGUAUGUAUGUCACCUUUUUUGCUGACCUGACCUACAGUUGGACAAUCCAUGGUUAAAAUGCACACGAAAUGACCUAUAUUUUAUACUACUCAGAUGUACAGAGGUUACAAAAAACAAGAGAGAAAGAGAGUGAUGAAGAAAGGAUAUGAAGAAGAUGAAAAUAAAUAAAUAAAUAAAUAAAUAAAUACAUUUUAGAAGAAAAAAAACAAAGUUUGUGUUAACCCACGUCAGCGUCCGGUGCUUCACGUGAACCCAGCCGUGAUGUCAUCACUCAGUCUUACAGUCUGUAAAUGUCAAAUGUUUUUUGGAAAGAGAAGACUAACAAAAAAUCAGCUUACUUGAACAAUAGACAAAGCCUUUCAUAAUACUAAUUAUUAUGAUUAUUAUUAUUACUAUUAUGAUUAUUAUGAUUAUUACUGCCUCUCCUGCAGUAUAAUUGUUCUUUUUUUAAGUCCCUAUUUGCUAAAAGUUUUCUCGUUGAGUCAUAAAUUAGCUACAUAAAAUUUUUGAGAAAAUAUACAUUAUAUUAUAAACAAUGUCAGCUUGUGAAUCAUCAGUGUAUGUGUGAUCAGAUCUUGUUUAAUUAUUUUAUUUCUAUUUUCUUUGUUUGUUUUUUGACUCUAUUGUUAGGAAAAAACAAUAUUUAGGAGUGUUUUUUGUUGUUCGGCAAAAAAAACAAAACAAAUGUGAUUUAAAUGUUUUUGAUUACUUGUUUAUUUUUGUUUUAUUUUCUUUUUUUCGAAAAAGAAGUCUUGAGUGGAGUUGUUAGUGCCAAACUCUGAAGGUACAGUACUUCUUGCCUGGAGCCUCUGUUCUGUAAUAAUCGUGAAAUUAUUUGAUAACAUGGGUAUUUCAUUGCCUUUGUGCUUUCUAUGGAUCCCACAUAUUUAAUGACAUGGA